GCGCCGGAGAACCUUGUUGCGCCCUGACAAGUGUCUGCGCUUUUACUUCAAUGUCUGACCAUAUUCCUAGAGGGAGCCGCAGUCAUUCCCACCUUUGCUUUGGGUUACUAAAUGAUUUUCUGGGGGAGGAUUUCUAACCGGCGAGAUGCUGCUCGUACUCCUACUGGCAGCCUUUUCUUCUUCCAUCUCCGGCUCCCACUCCUCCUCAAUCUCCUCCCCCUCCCUGUCGGACAGACCUCCGAUGGCAGACCCUUCCGCCUCAGACUUGAUGGCAGAGACCUGCAGCGCUUGCUCCUGCAUGUCGGUGGAAAACGUGCUGUACGUCAACUGUGAAAAGAUCACCGUGUAUCGGCCCACGCAGCUCAUCCCGCCGGCAUCGUCAUUAUACCACCUGAACUUCCAGAACAACUUCUUAAUCAUACUGUACCCAAAUUCAUUCCUCAACUUCACCCACGCUGUGUCACUGCAGCUCGGGAACAACAAACUGCAGAACAUUGAAGGCGGAGCGUUCAUGGGGAUGAGCGCAUUGAAACAGCUUCACCUGAACAAUAAUGAGUUAAAAGUACUGCGAGCAGAUACUUUCCAAGGAAUAGAAAAUUUGGAGUACCUUCAGGCUGAUUACAACCUGAUAAAAUACAUUGAAAAGGGAGCAUUCAACAAGCUGCACAAGCUAAAAGUGUUGAUUCUGAACGAUAAUCUCAUACAAGCUCUUCCUGACAACAUAUUUCGCUUCGCCUCUCUCACACACCUGGAUAUAAGAGGCAACAGGAUCCAGAAACUUCCUUAUUUAGGAGUUCUGGAGCACAUAGGACGGAUUGUAGAGCUGCAGCUGGACGACAACCCAUGGAAUUGUACCUGUGAUUUGGCACCUCUAAAGGCAUGGCUUGAAAACAUGCCGUAUAACAUUUUUAUUGGUGAGGCCAUAUGUGAAACGCCGAGUGACUUGUAUGGGAGGCUCCUGAAAGAGACAAACAAGCAGGAACUUUGUCCGAUGGGAAUGGGGAGUGACUUUGAUGUGAGGAUGCCACCUGCACAGCCUGAAAAUGGGCAGUCACCCUCUAAAAUGUCCCCUACAACUGCAGCACCCAUCGCCACAAACGCGCCAAAAACCACUGACUCCUCUAAGAUUUAUGGUAACGGAAUUGUGGCUGGUUUGCCUCCUUUUGGAAGAAAUAGUCAGAUUGUUUCCUUUCAGACACGAACCCCUCCGUUGUUGUGCCCACAGCCCUGCAGCUGUAAAGCCCAUCCCUCUGACUUUGGCAUCAGUGUCAGCUGUCAGGAGAGGAAUAUUAAGAACCUAGCUGAACUCAUUCCCAAACCCCUAAAUGCCAAGAAACUUCACCUGAGUGGGAAUUACAUCCAUGACAUUAGCCCGACAGAUUUCCAAGGUUUCGAGGGCUUAGAUUUGCUGCAUCUUGGCAGCAAUCAAAUUGUUACUGUUCAAAAAGGUGUGUUUGUUAACCUCACUAACCUGAGGAGACUGUAUCUGAACGGAAACCAACUGGAACAGUUACACCCAGAGAUGUUUUUGGGCCUCACAAACCUGCAGUACCUAUAUUUGGAAUACAACGCCAUCAAAGAAAUUUUAGCAGGCACAUUUGACUCCAUGCCAAACCUGCAACUGCUGUAUCUCAACAACAAUGUCCUGCGGAGUCUCCCUGCCUACGUGUUUGCCGGUGUGUCUUUGGCCAGACUUAAUCUGAAAAACAAUCAUUUCAUGACCCUUCCCGUAAGUGGUGUGUUGGACCAGCUGCGAUCACUGACCCAGAUAGACCUUGAGGGGAACCCUUGGGAGUGUUCCUGUGAUUUGGUUGCCCUCAAACUCUGGCUGGAGAAGCUAAAUGAUGGAGUGGCUGCUAAAGAGGUAAAAUGUGCCUCCCCUGUGCAGUUCUCCAACAUUGAGCUGCGACUCCUGAAAAAUGAGAUUCUUUGCCCUAAACUUGUUGCAAGGCCGCCGUUUAUUCUCACUAGCGCCACCCCUGUCUUGACCUCUGUGUCACCAGCUGGUGUUGGCAAAGCCCCACAGGGAGGGCCUGUGCCCCUCUCCAUCAUGAUCCUCAGCAUCCUCGUAGUGCUUAUCCUGACUGUGUUUGUGGCCUUCUGCCUUCUGGUGUUUGUGCUGAGGCGGAAUAAAAAGCCAGUCGGGAGGCAGGAGGGGCUGGGGAAUCAGGAAUGUGGGUCCAUGUCCCUGCAUCUCCGCAGACACAACCACAAAUCUGGCAAAAAGGGUUCCAUCCCGGGAGACGACCUGGGAGGCGAGACUUUCAUCCCUCAGACCAUCGAGCACAUCGGCAAAAGCCACACAUGCGGGAUCGGACGCUCCUCAGAUUUGGACACCAGCUUCAAGUUUGCUGACUCGCACAGGCAAAAGAUUAUCCUCCGAAACAGUUCUGAAAAAGACAAAGACCCGCUCUCCACAAUAGAAUGCAACAAACGCCUGAGCACGAUCGACGAGCUGGAGGAGUUCCUCCCGAACCGAGAGCCAAGCAUGUUUAUUCAGAACUUUCUCGACAGCAAGAGAGACUUUAGCAGCAUAGGGCUGGGUGGGUAUGAAAUCCGCUACCCUGAGAAAAUGCUCGAAAAAAAGAUGAAGAAGUCAUCGCUGAUAGGCGGAAACCACAGUAAGAUUGUGGUGGAGCAGAGAAAAAGUGAGUAUUAUGAGCUGAAAUCCAAGCUCCAAGGAACGCCUGAUUACCUACAGGUGCUCGAGGAGCAGACUGCACUGAGCAAAAUGUAGGACCGCUGUUUUAUUUGGUGCAAUGAUUACACUCACACUGAAAGUCACGCAGGCUGACAGCCAAAUGCAUCUGCCUUUCUCUGUUAGAGCCCCCCCUCCCCCUCAUGCACACACACACAGACGCAUCAUUCACACACACACACACCCUCCCCCAACACUUGCUCUGUAGCCACACUUACACAGCGAAAAAGUGCCUUCUGGAAAUCCUUAAUGAUCAAUGCAGAGAUGGACAAAAUGGCUACAUGACGCGACGCUAUCGCUAGAACCAGCGUGGAUGUAUUUGACGGUCAGACCUUUGGAUAAUCAAUGAUACUCUUAGUACAUGUAUGAAACCUGCGUCCGCACCACAGCAACCAGACAGCCACAGUGUUUUUGCUGCUAUUGAAAUGCUACUUUUUCUUUUCCCACUGUUCUGUUUCUCCA